AUGGUCAAGUCGGUCAUGCUUGAGGGCAGCGGCAUUCCGACCCGCUCGCCUGCGGUCAUCGAGUCCAUCGAUUUUAGCAAGAACGCCAAAACGAACAAACUAGAGUUUUUCUCGAAGGACAUUCCCUUCUUCUGGCUCAGCAACAGCUCUGAACACCCACUCUAUGUGCGCAAGGCGCCCAACCCGAUUGAGGCGAUCCGUAUCGCGCGCACCUAUGCGAAAGAGAUCCGUCCCGAUUGGAUCAAAGAUGGCGUGAACGUCUCGACCAUGCGCAUGGUCCUCCUGACCAAGUUCACGCAACACACUGAUCUUCGCCUCGCGCUCCUAGAGACAGGCGACGCCGAGAUUGUGCAUGCAAGUCCCAACGACGCUUUCUGGGGCUCCGCAGCGGCCCCCAACUCGGAAGGCCGCGGCCGCAACAUGCUUGGUCGCACGAUCAUGCAGUCUCGCGAACUGCUCCGUGUAGCUGCUGGCGUCGGUGCCAACAGUGGCACGCGCACGGUUUAG